AUGAUCCAAAUCGGGGUGGCUCAUAUUGGUGUCGACAAGAAGCUCGAACCCACCAAUCAAGAUAACAAGCUGCUUGAAGUACAUGUCGUUGAAAACCUGUUUCCGGUAAUCAAGCUGCCUCAUAAGUUUAUAAAAUUCGGUUUCAAUCUCCGAGAUUGGGUGAUGGUUAGUGAGGUAUCCGUCGGUUUCUUUCCAUUGGCCAGGAAGCAAAUGGUAAUCGAAAAGUGCAAGGAACUGAUAUCUGAGAAGCUCAAAUCUCACGUUCUUGGUCAACUCCUCAGCAGGAACCGAGUUGUACUUUUCAAACAUCUUGAGCAUGGAGUUUGGUUUUUUCGACAUGUAUUCGAUCAAGUUUUCAAGUGCAAUAGGGAGCGGUUCACUGCUGAGAGAAGACCGAAUGAAAUUAUAGACAACGUUGAAACUGUCGUCUUUAAAUUUGUCAAUGAUGGCAAUGUGGUUGUAAGGAUCGCCCAAGGAGGGAAGGAUCAGCAAGGCCAAUUUGUACAAUUCAAUCGACUUGCUGUAAUUAUUGUUGUCCUCCCUCGAGAUGGCGGCUGUGGGAAGAUACGUCUUGGCCACCAAGGUACGAAGUCUGGACAGGUCACCGAUGUAAAUCACACAUUUACUGAUGAUACUGACCAGUGA